AAUAAACAAUGGAGGAUGCUGGAAACAUACUCAAAUGGGAAGAACAUAUUCGGCUUGCCGUGAUGAUCAUUUGAAAGGCUGCAAAUGUCCACCUGGAUUCAGCGGUGAUGGGUUCAAAAACUGCACAGAUGUUAACGAGUGCGAGGAGAAAACAGUGUGCCAGUGUCGCGGCUGCAAAUGCAAGAACACAUGGGGAAGCUAUGAAUGUAGCUGCAACGGAAGCUUGCUUUACAUCAGAGAGCAACAUUUGCAUAAGUAAGGAUGCAAGAGGAGAUGUAAGCUGGGGAGUGAUAUGGAUAAUAAUAAUGGGACUGGGAGCAGCUGCUUUGGGAGCUUACACUGUUUACAAAUACAGAAUCCGGACGUACAUGGACUCAGAGAUAAGAGCGAUAAUGGCGGAAUACAUGCCUCUUGAUAACCAUCCCAACACUCAGCCUUGUCAGCUUGAGUUGUAAGAACAGUCUUCGCUCA